AUGAAGUCGCUGGAGGCCCUUCAGUUAGAGAUGGAGCCCGUGAACAACCAAGCCAGGACGGCCUUUGCUUGUUUGAGGCAGAACCUGGUGCAGAGACGUAGGACUCUUCUCGGUCACCGAAGGUCCAUCAUCCAGGGCAUCCCUGGCUUCUGGGCCAAAGCCAUUGUGAACCACCCCGAGAUGUUGGCCAUGAUCAGCGAUGAAGAUGAAGACUUGCUUAGCUACGUGAUCGACUUGGAGGUGGAGGAAAUCAGGCAUCCCAUUCACUGCUGCAAGAUCAUGAUGUUCUUUCGGGACAACCCGUACUUCCGGAAUAAAGUGAUUAUUAAGGAAUAUCUCAUUAAUGUCACCGGAUAUACGGCAUCUCAUUCCACUCCAGUUCAGUGGUAUCAGGAUUAUGAACAUGAGGCUUAUAGCCGCAGGCACCACAACAGCAGUGUUAACUUCUUCUUCAACUGGUUUUCUGACCACAACUUUGCAGGAUCUAACAGGAUCGCUGAGAUCAUCUGUGAAGACCUAUGGCUCAAUCCCCUGCGGUACCACAUGAGGAUGCAGGUGCCUGGACAGGGAACCGAGAGGGCA